UUUCCAGAGGGUGUCUCAGCCCAGCUCUCACCCAGUCCCCAGCAAGAGCGGCUGCUGGGUUUCUGUGGAGAGAAGAGCUCAUCUCCUGCUCCCCUCCCAGAGCGCGUCAGCCCGAGAGCAAGUAAACCGCCUAGCAAGCAGUAUUCUACCUGUGGAUUUGGUAUCUUAGAAGUGUCCUGAACCAGUUGUGGUUUUGGAAGCUAGUGUUGCAUGCACAGAACCCGGAAGCUCUCAGUGGGUGAGAAAAAAGCAACCUUUACCAAGUAUCUUUUGAGUCCACAUGAUGGGGGAUGUGAAACUGGUGACAUCUACUAGAGUCUCCAAAACCUCUCUGACACUCAGUCCCCCUGUUCCUGUUGAAGCACCUGCAUUUACUCUUCCUCCUCGGAAUAUCCGAGUGCAGCUGGGAGCCACUGCAAGAUUUGAGGGGAAGGUCAGAGGCUACCCUGAGCCUCAGAUCACGUGGUACAGAAAUGGGCAUCCUGUCACAGAGGGAGACCGUUACGUUGUGGACCACAGCAUUCGAGGGAUAUUCAGCUUGAUAAUUAAAGGAGUACAGGAAAGUGAUGGUGGUAAAUACACCUGUGAGGCUGCAAAUGAUGGUGGCGUUCGUCAAGUAACUGUGGAACUGACAGUGGAAGGAAAUCCCAUGAAGAAAUACAGCCUGCCAUCCUGUGCUAAAACCCCAGGGGCAAGACUUACUGUUUCAUCUGUGGAGCAUAGGCCAAGCAUCUGGGGAGAGAGUCCACCCAAGUUUGCUACAAAACCCAAUAGAGUUGUUGUGCGUGAAGGCCAAACUGGCAAAUUCUCAUGUAAAAUAACAGGACGACCUCAGCCUCAAGUAACUUGGUUUAAGGGUGAUCUUCAGUUGCAGCAAAAUGAGCGUUUCAACAUGUUUGAAAAAACAGGCAUCCAGUUCCUGGAAAUUCAAAAUGCUCAGCUUACUGAUUCAGGAAUUUACACGUGCACAGUGGUAAACAGCGCUGGGAAGGCAUCUGUGUCUGCAGAGCUCACUGUUCAAGGUCCAGAUAAGACUGACACAUAUGCUCAGCCACCGUGCAUGCCAUCAAAACCAACAACACUUGCUGUUAAAGCUGUUGAAAAUUCAGAAUUCAAACAGGCAACUAGCAAUGGGAUUGCUAAAGAGCUGAAAUCCAGCAGCACUGAACUCAUGAUUGAAACCAAAGACAGGGUGGCAGCAAAGAAAGAGACCUUUUACAUUGCUAGAGAAGCCAAAGACAGUAGGCAGGGACAGCACCAAGAAGCCAAUGCAGUAUCUACUCAAGAACCUAAAGAAGGAAGAAAUGGAUCUCAGGUCUUGCAGAAAACUUCAAGCACCAUCACACUACAGGCUGUCAAACUGCAACCAGAACCAAAGGCAGAACCCCAGGCCACUUUCAUCAGACAGGGUGAAGACAGGAAAAGGGCUAUGCAGCCGCUGAUGUCAGCUCAACAAACUCCGUCUCUGACAGGGCAAGUCAGUUCAAGGAGUAGAGAAGCAGAAAACAGAUCUGGAGCAUGGAAAGCUGUAAUGGAGGAGAAGAGGGAGCCUCUGGGAAUACCCCCUCAGUUUGUGAGCUGUCCACAAAGCCUGGAAGCAUCAGAAGGCCAGGAGAUUAAAUUCAAGAGCAGAGUUUCAGGGAAACCAAAACCAGACGUGGAGUGGUUCAAAGAGGGUGAAACUAUUAAAGCUGGACAAAAUGUCCAAAUAUAUGAAGAAGAUGGAAUUCAUUGCCUAUGGCUAAAGAAAGCCUGUUUGGGGGACAGUGGAUCAUACGGUUGUACAGCUUUCAGCCCCACAGGCCAGACUUCCACCAGCUGGUUGUUAACUGUCAGAAGUCCUAAAGUUCAAGAGUUUGCGCCAUGCUUUUCCAGUGUCUUGAAAGGAUGCACUGUGAGUGAAGGGCAAGACUUUGUCCUGCAGUGCUGUGUAGGAGGCGUACCUGUGCCUCAGAUCACAUGGCUUCUCAAUGACCAGCCAAUUCAGUAUGCCCAUUCCACUUUUGAAGAUGGACUUGCAAAAUUGACUGUCCAAGAUGCCCUACCAGAAGAUGAUGGCAUUUAUACCUGUCUGGCUGAAAACAGCACAGGACAGGCAUCUUGCAGUGCUCAGGUCACAGUCAAAGCUUCUGAGUCCAAGAUGGAGGAGACCACUGCUGAUACUGGAAGUUACAUACCUAUUACAGAAAAGAAGAGCAGCAAGAAUACAGAAAGUUCACAGGCUGUCAAGUUAAACAAGAAUUUUGCACCCAUCUUCCAUAAAGGCCUGACUGACCUCAAAGUAAUGGAUGGAAGUCAAGUGAUAAUGACUGUAGAGGUAUCAGCUAAUCCCCCUCCUGAAAUCAUCUGGCUGCACAAUGGGAAAGAAAUCCAAGAGACAGAAGAUUUCCACUUUGAGAAGAAAGGCAAUGAGUACAGUCUGUACAUCCAGGAAGUAUUUCCUGAAGACACUGGCAAAUACACCUGUGAAGCCUGGAAUGAAUUAGGAGAAACUCAGACACAGGCUACAUUAACAGUACAAGAACCUCAGGAUGGUAUUCAGCCCUGGUUCAUUAGCAAACCACGAUCAGUGACAGCAGCUCCUGGGCAAAAUGUCCUUAUAUCCUGUGCCAUUGCUGGAGAUCCUUUUCCCACUGUUCACUGGUUUAAAGAUGGACAAGAAAUAAUGCCGGGAACAGCAUGUGAAAUCCUGCAAAAUGAAGACAUCUUCACACUGGUUUUGAGGAAUGUGCAGUCUCGCCAUACAGGGCAAUAUGAAAUUCAGCUCAGGAACCAAGUUGGAGAAUGCAGCUGCCAGGUGUCUCUGAUGCUGCGGGAGACUUCAGCUUCCGCAGCAGAAAUGCUCAGAGAUGGGAGGGAAUCAGCCAGCUCUGGAGAGCGAAGAGAUGGUGGAGAUCAUGGUAAACUAACAUUUGGUAGAACAAGUGGCUUCAAAAAGAUCAGCAGUGAAACCAGAGCAGCUGAGGAAGAGCAGGAAGACGUCCGAGGUGUGCUGAAGAGGCGAGUGGAAACUCGGGAACACACAGAGGAGAGCCUGAGGCAGCAGGAAGCUGAGCAACUUGAUUUCCGUGACAUUCUAGGCAAUAAAGUCAGCACCAAAAGUUUUUCUGAGGAGGAACUGAAAGAAAUCCCAGCCGAGCAAAUGGACUUCCGAGCAAACCUGCAGCGGCAGGUCAAACCCAAGACCUUGUCAGAGGAGGAAAGGAAGGUUCAUGCUCCUCAGCAGGUAGACUUUCGCUCUGUGCUGGCCAAGAAAGGCACCCCAAAAACCCCAUUGCCAGAGAAGGCACCACCUCCUAAGCCAGCAGUUACAGAUUUCAGAUCAGUGCUGGGCUCAAAGAAAAAGCCACCUGCAGAGAAUGGUAGUGCUAACACCCCAGCACCAAAUGCCCGCACCAACUCUGAAGCCCAGAAUAUGACUCCUAAUUCUCAAGCCCCUGUUGCCAAACCAGCAGUGAAAAAAGAAGAGAAGAAUGACAGAAACUGUGAACAUGGGUGCUCAGUAGUGGAUGGCAGAAUAAUUGGGCAAAAAGCUGAAAAUAAAGCACCAGCAAGCAAACCACCAGCAAGCAAAGGAACAGCACCCUCCUUUACAGAGAAGCUUCAGGAUGCUCAAGUAGUAGAUGGUGAAAAAUUGGUCUUACAAUGUCGGAUUUCCUCUGAUCCCCCUGCAGCUGUCACCUGGACUGUCGACAGCAAAACCAUCAAAUCAUCGAAGUCCAUUGUCAUCUCCCAAGAAGGGACACUCUGUUCACUUACCAUUGAGAAAGCUAUGCCUGAAGAUGGGGGCGAAUACAAAUGCAUAGCUGAGAAUGUAGCGGGAAAAGCUGAAUGUGCUUGCAAAGUGCUGGUAGAAGAUGCCUCAUCCACAAAGACCUCAAAGCCUAUUGAGAAGAAGACCAAGAAGCCGAAGACCACACUUCCUCCUGUGCUGCCAACAGAGAGUGAAGCAACAGUGAAGAAGAAACCAGCUCCAAAGACUCCUCCAAAAGCAGCUGCUCCUCCUCAGAUUACUCAGUUCCCAGAAGACAGAAAAGUCCGUGCAGGUGAAUCAGUGGAAUUGUUUGCCAAGGUGGUAGGAACAGCACCAAUAACUUGCACCUGGAUGAAAUUCCGGAAGCAGAUUGAAGAAAAUGAAUAUAUCAAAAUUGAGAAUGCUGAAAAUACCAGCAAGCUAACAAUAUCAUCAACAAAGCAGGAACACUGUGGAUGUUACACCCUAGUUGUAGAGAACAAACUUGGCAGCAGACAAGCACAAGUCAACCUUACAGUUGUUGAUAAACCAGAUCCACCUGCUGGAACACCUUGCGCAUCAGACAUACGGAGUUCCUCCCUCACUCUCUCAUGGUACGGCUCCUCUUAUGAUGGUGGAAGUGCAGUGCAGUCCUACACUGUGGAGAUCUGGAACUCAAUGGAUAACAAAUGGACAGAUCUCACCACCUGCCGCAGCACCUCUUUCAACGUGCAGGACCUGCAGGCUGACCGAGAGUACAAAUUCCGUGUGCGAGCUGCUAACGUGUAUGGCAUCAGCGAGCCCAGUCAAGAAUCUGAGCUGGUAAAAGUUGGAGAGAAACAAGAAGAACUUAAAGAGGAUGAAGUGGAGUUAUCUGAUGAUGAAGGGAAAGAAACUGAGGUCGAGUAUCGGACGGUUACUAUCAACACUGAACAAAAAGUUUCAGAUGUCUAUAAUAUUGAAGAAAGGCUGGGAUCGGGGAAAUUUGGACAAGUCUUUAGGCUUGUUGAAAAGAAGACUGGAAAAGUUUGGGCAGGAAAAUUUUUCAAAGCAUAUUCUGCUAAGGAAAAAGAAAACAUAAGGGAUGAAAUCAGCAUCAUGAACUGUCUACAUCAUCCAAAACUUGUCCAAUGUGUAGAUGCCUUUGAAGAAAAAGCCAACAUCGUUAUGGUCUUGGAAAUGGUUUCUGGAGGAGAACUCUUUGAACGAAUCAUUGAUGAAGACUUUGAACUGACAGAGAGAGAGUGCAUUAAAUAUAUGAAGCAGAUUUCAGAAGGAGUUCAGUACAUCCAUAAGCAGGGUAUUGUCCACUUGGAUUUGAAGCCAGAAAACAUUAUGUGUGUCAACAAGACUGGUACAAGUAUCAAACUCAUUGACUUUGGACUUGCAAGAAGAUUAGAAAAUGCAGGUUCUCUAAAAGUUCUCUUUGGGACACCUGAGUUUGUGGCUCCAGAAGUUAUAAACUAUGAACCUAUUGGAUACGAAACAGAUAUGUGGAGUAUAGGAGUUAUCUGCUACAUCUUGGUCAGUGGACUUUCUCCUUUCAUGGGAGACAACGACAACGAAACCCUAGCCAAUGUUACUUCAGCAACGUGGGAUUUUGAUGAUGAGGCUUUUGAUGAAAUCUCUGAUGAUGCCAAGGACUUUAUCAGCAAUCUACUAAAGAAAGAUAUGAAGAGUCGGUUAAAUUGUACUCAAUGUCUUCAGCACCCUUGGCUGCAAAAAGACACCAAAACCAUGGAAGCCAAAAAACUUUCCAAAGAUAGGAUGAAGAAAUAUAUGGCCAGAAGAAAAUGGCAGAAAACAGGCCAUGCUGUCCGAGCAAUAGGAAGACUUUCGUCCAUGGCAAUGAUUUCUGGUAUGAGUGGGAGGAAGGCCUCUGGGAGCUCGCCCACCAGCCCUAUAAAUGCAGACAAAGUAGAGAAUGAAGAUGCUUUCCUUGAAGAAGUGGCUGAAGAAAAGCCCCAUGUAAAGCCAUAUUUUACUAAAACAAUCCUUGACAUGGAGGUUGUGGAAGGAAGUGCUGCUAGAUUUGACUGCAAAAUUGAAGGCUACCCUGACCCUGAGGUAAUGUGGUACAAAGAUGACCAGCCUGUCAAGGAAUCCCGUCACUUCCAGAUAGAUUAUGAUGAGGAUGGGAACUGUUCUUUGACUAUUUCUGAAGUAUGUGGGGACGAUGAUGCCAAAUACACCUGCAAAGCUGUCAACAGCCUUGGGGAAGCCACAUGCACCGCAGAACUCCUCGUGGAAACAAUGGCAAAAGAAGGAGAAGAUGAAGAUGAAGAGGAGGAAGAAUGAAACAAGGCUCAAAGAAAAAAAAAAAGAAUAAAAUUAUAUUUAAAGACUAUCCUUAUAAGGCUCAGAAAAAAAAAGUUAUCAAAAGCACCUUGUGUGAUACAUAGGUCUUUGGGGGGUGUUUUUUCAGCAUGAUCAGUUGAUACCUGUGUGCUUUCUCUAUGGGCAUUAAUUCAAAUCAGCAGGUGAUUUGAAGUUGCUAGCAUGAUUGCAUUUACGUUAAGCAAGUCAUCAGCGAAGUUGCCCAGUUGAUUUUUAAAUCAAAUUUAUGGAAAAUAAGUCUACAAUUAUAUUCUGAACAUCUUAAAGAGAAACAGCCUAUUUACUGAGCUCACUGCUCUACGCCAUCACUUUCCUCAGCCAAAACUGCAGCUAAGUUGGCUCCCCAAGAUCUACUUUAUAAGGAAUCAUCUGCCAGACACACAGGGAAUCUAACCAGUCCUAGGAAACAGGUUGCUCCCUGAGCAGUGUCUUCUGUAAGGGAAGGUCUAGCACAACCUGCACAGCCAUUUGUACAUUGGUAGGGUUCAUUUCUCAUUUGUUUCAAACAGAACUUCAACCACAUUUACUGCCCUUUCUCAGUGUGCUGUUAGUGCCGCUGUAACACUGGUUGAAGUUAAACAUCCAGGUGGUCUCCUGAGACACUGUUGAUCCUGCUUGUAACCAAACCAGCUGAUCCCACCUUGUUGCCUUUCCCUCACAGAACCUGUCACUUCAGUGCAGUUACAGCUGCCUACUGAAGGAACAGACUGAAAACACAAAGACUGCAAAUAUUUCCUGUUGUUCUGGUCAGUCUAAUCAUGACUUAUGAUUCAUACGUAUGCUGCUGUGAAAAAACAGGUUAUUGCACAAUAUGUGACUUCGAUGUGCAUAUGUGCGAAUGGAAUACCAGGUUAUAGUUUUACUUGCAUUUAUUUGGCGAUUGCAAAACAGAUUUCAACUGAUGAUAAGCUGGAAACUCCCACAGAUUUUUGGAGUAGCCAAAAAGUUAGUAGCCUGGAUUACAAACUCCUUUAUACUUAGCAGUUUCCAAAGAAUCUUAACCUAUAUAGGACCUAUUCCUACUUUAUGAGCUUGACUGUCUUGUUUUUGUCUUGAACCUGCACCAGUAAGGCUGCUGCAUUUUUUCAAAAUGCAGAAAACCAAAACCAAAUGGAAACACCCAAACCCCAGGGUUUUUCUCAGCAAUGGUUAAUGCACUCAGAUUUAGUAACUUUGCUUUCCUUUCACAGUAUUGGCACUUUUUAAUUUUUGUUGUUGUUGUUCAGAGGUAAUAUCAGAGCCUGCAAAGUGAUAUGCAUAAUCCAAACCAGCGUGUCUUAUAUCUAUGUAUCAGUCCCAAAAUGAUUUUCUUUUCCACUUUUUGUGUGCAAAGUGCAACCAUUUGCAUUUCCAAGAUUACCUCUUCUAAAAGAACCGUUACCUUAACUCCUCACCAGUAAGUAGUCAGUGUACUUUCAUACAGGUGUGUACAAUAUCAACCUUAGCUUGUUUGAUAUUACCUAGUUGUGUAUGUUUCAUAUGAUUUGCUCUUCUACAUUCAAAGCUCAACUAAUGUGGAUGACACGGUGGGUUUUAACUGCUUUAAUCUUUGUUGCUAAAUUCAGAUUGCUAGCAUGUCUUUUCUUUUCGACUGAUGAAACCCUCAUACUAAACACAGUAUUGCCACAACUCCUUAUACAGAAAGGUUUUGAAUCUGAUUUAGAGCAUACAGAGCUUUUCACACUUUUUUUAUGUUUUACGCAAAAAUUGGCUGUAUUUUGUACCUUAAUAAAAAUAUGCUAAUGUUCUCCCAGUUUGUUAAACCAUCAGAAUUGCAAAGAUGAGAAUGCUACGGCUGUAGUUACACACAGUUCCUAAAUAAAUAAUACCACAAAGCA